AGUUUGGACGUGCGAAUGACGUGUUGACUGAAGCAUUUAUUGCUGAAUUGUGAUUGUGAAAAGAUGUUACUGUUUCAAUAUGAUUUACUGGUCGCAUUGGCAGUGAUUUCACUUUGGUGGCCGCUAAGUUAUUUGCUCAGUUGGUUUCUUCACAAACGAAGAGUGUCCAAACUUAUCCGGAACAUACCUUCGCUGGAUGACCAUCCGUUUCUUGGAAGUGCACUUCGAUUUAUGGGCAAAAAUAAUGAAGAAUUGAUGGAAGUGCUGGAAGAUAUUCCUUCCAAAACCAAGAUCCCGUUCGUAUUUUGGCUGGGACCCAAGAGUUUUUUGGUCAUUGAUCAUCCAGAUGACAUCCAAACGGUCAUGAACUCCAAUGGAUGCAUGGAAAAAGGUUACAUUUACAACUUUUUCAAUCGUGGCACUGCAUUGUUCGCAGCCCCAGCUCACGUUCAUAAGCGACAACGUAAACAACUAUCUUCGUCUUUCAACAAUCAGGUUAAUUGGUCAUUUCUGCCGAUUUUCAAUCAAAAAUCCAAUUUAUUCAUUCGAAAUGUUGGUCGACACAUUGACAAGGGUCAUUUUGACGUUAUGCAUUUGACUUCGGCCUACACUUUGGAUACAGUUUGUGCAACGGUGUUGGGAACUCACAUGAAAAUUCAGGACGGUGAAAAUACUGAUUAUAUGGAAGCUUUUUCUGAAUGGCUCUCAGCUGUUGCCCGGAGAAUGGCUAAUGUGUUUUUGUAUCCGGAUUUUAUUUACAAAUUGACUCAGGCCUAUCGCAUCGAAUGUGAUUGGCUUACUCGGUCUGAGAUCAUGCCGAAUAAGGUGAUCGACCAAAAAAUGUCGCAGCUCAAAGAAAGCAAUAGUAAUGAUCCAAUCAUUGAAAAAGAUGAUGAUGAUGAUGACGAAGACGAUCAGAAGUAUGAAAAGCCCCAAAUUUUUAUCGAUCGACUCUUGAAAUUGUACAGCAAGGGAAUCGUUACCGAUCAAGAAAUUCGAGAUGAAGUGAACUUGAUAAUAUUCGCUGGUCAUGAUACAUCUGCCUUUACAAUUGCGAUGGCAAUUUUCUUAUUAGCAAUUCACCCAAAAAUCGAAAAACGAGUCAUGAAAGAAUUGAAUGAAGUGUUGGGCGAUCAACCAGUUGAUGCUGACUUGACAAUGGAACAGGUCAAUCAAUUGACUUAUCUGGAACAAGUCAUCAAAGAAACAUUGCGAUUGUAUCCGGCCGUACCGAUUUUACUACGACACUGUACUGAAGAUACAAAAUUAGCUAAUUGUGUGGUUCCAGCUGGCACUGAAGUUGUGAUUUCAAUUAUGACAGUCCAUCGCCGCAAGGACAUUUGGGGUGAUGAUGCUGAUGAAUUCAAUCCCGAUCACUUCAGCAGAGAGUCGAAACGCAGUCCAUACGCAUUCAUGGCAUUCAGUAAUGGUACUCGAUAUUGUGUGGGACAAAAGUUUGCCUUCAUUUCAGUCAAAAUCAUUCUGGCUAAAUUGUUCCGCAAAUAUCGAAUCUCCACACACUUAGGAAUGGACGACAUCAAAUUUAGACUUGAAGUCACGUGUAAACCAGCCAAUGGCAUUAUGGUGGAAAUUGAAGAACGAACAUAAUUUUAAUCAAUUGAAAGUUGAAACAUCAAUACAAUAUUAUUUUGCACAAUUUUUUACUUACCGCUUGUGCUAAAAUAGUUAUAUUUUCCAAAGUGAAAUAGUCAAUUGUAAACAACAACUGCUAUUUUAACAUGAGAAAUAGAAAUUUUUCAGAAUCCAAAAUCUUCAUCAAUUUGCACAUUUGAUAAAGUCACAUAAAAGUGAUUAAAUGAUCAUUCAAAAUCUUAAUUCAUACCAAAAUGCAAAUAAAAAAUGAAGAAAAACGUAAAA